CUCACCCAGCGCUAGCUAUAUAACGGGCUGGUGUGGAGGGGCUCCACAGGGUCAGCUCCAGGGGUUCAUCCACAAGAGAGAAAAGCAUAGACUCACGGCUGUCAAAAUGAUGGUACUGAGGGUAGAGGAACUGGUAACAGGCAAAAAGGACAACAAUGAGUCCACAGGGGCAUUCCUUCCUGGGGAGUUCAGAAGUGGAGAAUAUGAAGCUGCUGUUGCUUUGGAGAAACAAGAGGACUUGAAGACACUUCCGGCCAACAGCGUGAACCUAGGGGAGGAACAACGGAAAAGCGAGAAACUGCGAGAGGCAGAGCUCAAAAAGAAAAAACUAGAACAAAGAUCAAAGCUUGAAAACUUAGAAGAUCUUGAAAUAAUUGUUCAACUGAAGAAAAGAAAAAAAUACAAGAAAACUAAAGCUCCAGUUGUGAAGGAGCCAGAACCUGAAAUUAUCACUGAACCUGUGGAUGUGCCGAGGUUUCUGAAAGCUGCGCUGGAGAACAAACUGCCAGUUGUAGAGAAAUUCCUGUCAGACAAGAACAGCCCCGACGUCUGUGAUGAGUAUAAACGGACCGCUCUCCAUAGAGCAUGCUUAGAAGGACACUUGGCGAUUGUGGAGAAGUUAAUGGAGGCUGGAGCCCAGAUUGAAUUCCGAGAUAUGCUUGAAUCCACAGCCAUCCACUGGGCAUGUCGUGGAGGAAACCCAGAUGUUCUGAAACUGUUGCUGAACAAAGGAGCCAAAAUCAGUGCCAGAGACAAGCUGCUCAGCACAGCUCUGCAUGUGGCGGUGAGGACCGGUCAUUACGAGUGCGCUGAGCAUCUCAUCGCCUGCGAGGCGGAUCUCAAUGCCAAGGACAGAGAAGGAGACACCCCGCUGCACGAUGCUGUGAGGCUGAAUCGCUAUAAGAUGAUUCGACUCCUGAUGACCUUCGGUGCGGACCUUAACGUCAAGAACUGUGCUGGGAAGACCCCCAUGGAUCUGGUGUUGCACUGGCAGAAUGGAACCAAAGCAAUAUUCGACAGCCUCAAGGAGAAUGCCUACAAAAACUCUCGCAUCGCUACGUUCUGAGAAAAGAGACUCACCCCGAGCUGUUCACAGGUGUUUUCAAAGCAUUUCCCAGCAGAAGAGCAACCAGCGAUAAAAUCCAGCUUUUGUUUGCCAGCCGAAUAGGGAGAUACGCUUAAAGAAGCUUCAAGAAAGCACCGGUUAUAGGUGUUAAACGGUCCUCUAGUGAUGCUCACCAUCUUUAUUUAUUCCUAUGUAUUUAUUUAUUUAUUUCAUAGCACUGGCA